AUGGCGAAGCAUUUGUCUUCAUUCAAUGGAAGACAGAUGUUGAAAAAUGCUCGUUCUAAACUUGGGGGGUUGCCUAGCAAGCGAUUGAAGGGUCUCAUCAAAAAGUUUUCCAUUAGAUCGCAUAAAUAUCGUCAUGAUGAAGGGGGAAGUUCCACCGAUCCAGCUGAUAAUGACGAUCAGUCAUCACUCGGAAUCCCUCCCACCCCGGCUCCCACCCCGGCUGACCUGUUGAUUCCAAGCAAUAGCAAUGAAAAUGUUUCAAGGCUUGUACGUAAGGCUGGUAGGGUGAGCUCGACGGGAUAUCAACCUAAGCAGGGAGGUGCUGGCUUACUAUCUCUUCCCCAGGAGUUAUUCGACCAUAUCACUAGUUACUUAGGUUACGCCCAUAUUGGCGUUCUAGCGCUUGUCAACAAGGAGCUCAUGGCUCGUUUCCUGCGAUCGUGUGAGAGGCUCGAUCCCCUAGACACCGAGGAGCAAUCGCCCUACAAGCUGUUAGGUAGAUUCAUCAAGAGAGCACCGAUCCCUAGGGCCAAAGUGCGUGGCACCCUCCUCAGCCUCGUGGACUACGAUAUGGAGGACAUUGUCUAUUGUUAUAAAUGCAAGAAGCUACACGACCCCUUUUUGGCUUUCAGAGACCGCGCCUACGCCCCACAUAAGGCUGCUAGAUGUAGCGAUUGGUCUAUGGAUCAUCACAUGCCUUCGCGGGCGACUAGAAAGUUGCUGCGCACUAUCACUAAACGCCGACUUCACGGCGCCGAGUACAGAUACCUGAUGCAACAGGUCAACAACACCGCCACGUUCUACCAGAAGGGAAUCUUGGUACAAAUUUCAUUGCGAAUGCGAUAUCGCAACGAUGAUAUGAUUCUCAGACGCCAGCAAAUCAUAUCUUCGACCAUUAAGUCAUCACUCGCCAUGUGGCUAUUCAGUCAACAAGUUUUGGACCCGCAACCGGCUAGCAGCUCGUUCCUAACACUACCAAAGGUUUACCCGGCAUGCUAUCACAAGUCCUGGGGUACGGUAUACUCCUCUCUAAUCCACCAACUGAUCAACCCCCAUUGCACACAAGAUCAUGGCGACGAAGAAAUUCCACAGCACUCACCAGAGUGUUUCGGAAGUUUCAAAGGAGACAACAACUUCGACGCAUCGAAGCAGGAAGGCCACAUGAUACACGAGAGGCUGAAGUGGCAAUCUUCUCCAACUCCGCGGAACCCAAUGGACGUGCCGGCGCCACUAGGGGACGUUCUAAGCUGUAGCAACUGCACUACGGAUUUUAGCCUGGAUGUGGUGGCCCUACCAGAACCCUUCGGCUGGGGCUUCGUUCUUACGACGUGGAUAGACUUGGGUAGACUUGACUUCUGCAGUAAGUGGGAUAGUCAUCGAGACGGGCGGCCGUUGAGGCAUUACCUGCGGAAGCACGUGCAUGGGGAUAUAUGUACGCGGUUCGAAGACUUGUCAACCCGGCUCGACCACCAGCCACGGAUCAGCGAGAUUAAUCUCGACAGGAUGCACCCCGUAGAGUGGGCCGAGCGUGCAGCGAGGGGCCAGGGAUUGUACAGUGGGUGGAGUUCGGCGCACAGCUGCAACCCCGCGACAGGUUGGAUAGAGGAUCCAGAUCCGCUGGAAGAGGCGGACUAUUAA